AUGGGAGUCACUCCUUUCCACCCCUCUCUCCUCAAGGUCCGGCUCCCGAGAAACUUCGACAAGUCGACGGACAUGAGGUACGAUGGGACUAAGGACCCCCAGGAGCAUAUCACAGCCUUUGAAGCAAGGAUGAACUUGGAAGGGGUAGGCAACGCAGUCAGAUGCCGGGCAUUUCCCGUGACGCUGGCUGGCCCAGCGAUCCGAUGGUUCAAUGCCCUUCCACAAGGAUCCAUCAUAGCUUUCACAGACAUAUCCCAGAGCUUCCUGGCUCGGUUCACGACACGCAUAGCCAAAGCAAAAUACCCAAUCAACUUAUUAGGGGUUACCCAAAAACCUGGGGAGCCGACCAGGAAUUUCCUAGAUAGAUUCAACGAUGAGUGCUUGGAGAUUGACGGCCUCACGGACUCAGUCGGCAGCCUUUGCCUAACGAACGGCCUACUAAACGAGGACUUCAGAAAACACCUCACUACUAAGCCUGUCUGGUCCAUGCAAGAGAUCCAAAGCAUGGCCAAGGAAUACAUAAAUAAUGAGGAAGUCAGCCAGGUGGUAGCAACCAACAAACGGCAGCUACCAAACCACCCAGCUCGGCAGACCACCCAAGUCGACAGCUACAAAGAAGCUCCCAGGGACGGCACCCUAAGCAAGCUGUCCAAGCAGCCACGGGUAGGAAGUUUCACGAACUACACGCCACUCACGGCACCCAUAGUAGAAGUCUACCAACAAAUUGCAGACAAGGAAAUCCUAUCCAGACCUAGACCAUUGAAAGAGAGAACAGGAGGCAACAAAAGCCUUUACUGUGAUUACCACAAGGGAUUUGGUCACAAAACCCAAGACUGCUUCGAUCUCAAGGAUGCCUUAGAACAGGCCAUCAGAGAGGGAAAGCUGAAUGAAUUCUCCCGGCUCAUCAGAGAACCGUGGAGGAAAGAAAGAGAGCGCUCCAAAGAAGAUUGGAGCUACACUGUCAAGCCAAGACAAGAACCUACGGGGGAUGCCAAUAACCCCCCAACAUUCGUGGUCAAUAUCGUGGUCGGGCGUGACAGCCCUCCUAAAUCCAGAUCGGCAGCGAAAAAGGAUACCCGGGUACUCUCCAUCUCGACAGAGGGCCCCGUCGCCAGCAAAGGGUAUCCCACAAUAUCUUUUGGCCCGGAAGAUAAAUGGUUUUACGAUCUCCCCGAAAACCUCCCAUGGUAG